AUGAAUCCUGCUUCACCACCUGUAAUAGUAAUACGUGGGCAAAUACAUCAACCAACUAGAUCGGUGUUUCAACCAAAAGUUUUGUUUAUUUGCUCAACGAUAUUAUUAGGUUUUUGGUACAUAAAUCAAUUAUUAUUCGCUAAUAAUCAAAUUGGCCUUGAUGAAGUUGUAUAUUUAACAAGGAAUUCAUUUAGAGAAAUUAAAGAUCAAUUUGAAUUUGGUUUGUUCAAUAAAAGAGAUUUGAUAAAUGAUGACUCAAAAAUAGAAGAUACAGAUUUUGAUUAUCCAUUGAAUAACAUGAUUAAUUCAUUUUUUCCCGUUGAUUCAAUUAUUAAUUAUAAUACCACCGAUAAUAAAAAUGUAACAACUCAUGAGAUAAUUGGAAGGUAUGCUGCUUUCAGUCCGGUGUUGAAUUAUAAAUUGAAUAGUGAAUACAAAAUUUUACCAAUAAAUGCAUGUUCUACUGUUGAUCUUGGUAAAGAAUAUAAAAAUAAAAUUCUUAUAGUGUUGAGAGGUGAUUGUACUUUUGUUGAUAAAAUUUCACAUAUACUUGAUUCUAAUUUGAAUCCUAAAAGUAUUAUUAUAGCCAACGAUGAAUCAUAUAGAGGGUUGAUUACCAUGUUUUCAAAUAAUUUCAAUCAAGAUGGAACUUUAAACAUACCUAUUAUGUUUGUAACACAUGAGGAUUAUGUUUCAUUAAAGAAGAUCGAAAAUGAUAAGAUAAUUUUAGAAGUUACUACGGCGUACAUUGGUUCGUGGAUGAGUUUUGUACUUUCAAUGAUUUUAUCACCACCAUUACUAAUUGUCAUAUUUUAUGCAUUGAUACUUUGCGGUCAAAAGAUUAGAAAACGUCAAGUAAACAUACGGAAUGCAAAGAUGGUUAAAAGUUUACCUAUUUUCAUAUAUAAUAUUGAUCAUUUAAUAUCAGCACCAAGAAUUUACAAAUAUUUAAGAGUUACUGGUCAAACUAAUAUGGUACCAAAAGAUUCUGAAAAUACUCAAUUAUAUGAAUCACCUAAAAAUUCACCAUUUGCAUCAACAACUUCAAUUAACAAAAUAAUUGUUGGAGGAAUAGAUUUGAGAGCGUCCAAAAAUUCAUUAAAUAUCAUUACAGCACCAGAUGAUUUUUUUCCAGCAUAUAAAUGUUCCAUAUGUUUAGAAAAAUAUAUCCCAUUAAAAUCAAAAGUUAUGGUUUUAGAUUGUAAGCAUUUUUUUCAUGAACGAUGUUUAUCAAACUGGUUAAUAAAUUUUAAAAGAAGUUGCCCAUUAUGUAACACCACGUUAAAAUCUAAAAAGAAUUAUUUACUUGCUGGUCAAGAAAUUGAUGAAAGUUAUGGAAGUUUAAUAGAUUUAGAAGCUGGUCAAUCCAGUUUAUUUACUCCCUCACAAGUUGAAAGUGAUGAAACUGAAAAUCCAUUUCAAUUACCACCAACAACAAUGGAACACGAAGAGCCCGAGACCGCGUCAUCAUAUUUUACUGCUCAUUCUCAUCCAAUUGAAGGUUCUUCGAGACCAACUACCAAUUCAUCAAAACGACCAUUUUUAAUCAAUAGACCACUGGAAAUAUUAAAUAAAUUUCGUCGUGGUAGUCCAAAUAAUAACGAAUUAAGUGUUAGUAUUGAUUCCGGUAAUAAUUUAUACUCCCCAAAUGAUACAAAUGAAUCUUCAUCAAGUGACAAUUUUGAUGAUUCUACGGUAAAUUUAAAUAGUGAAAAUGUAUAG